AAUUCCAGACUGCCGUGAACGACAGAAAUGGACAGGCACUGCGCAGGCCAAUGUGCGACGGAUGUGUCACGCACACGCGCGUGGUCAUUAUUAUAGAGGCUUUGAAGAGUGGAUUUUGCCAAUAAAGAAAAGUUUUGUUUCUUCAGUUCAACUUUUGGUCAAGACAACGCGGGGUUAGGUUCGUUCCCUCACCCGAUCGCUCGCACUAGUUUUGUAAACGCUGUCCCCAGUUGUGCGGUGCAAAGCAAAUCGGAACUCCAGUUUUUUCCUGCCAUUCUGGGGGUGCGGCGAGCAGCUCACUGAAGCGAAGCCGUGAAGGAGACCAGCACAGCAUACACAAUGAGGCGGGCGUUGCUGUCACCACUGCUGCUGUGGCUGCUGUUCACUGUAGCUAUGUUCGGUCAAGUGGCAAUCAGUGAAGUGCCUGCAGGCUGCACUUGCACCGCAAGCGGCACAGCUACAUACCGCAUGACGUUCACCGCCACGUGGACCGACCCGACACCUCCGACUAACUUUCCGCAUUGGUCAGCGCCGAUCGGAACAAGUCACAGUGCUUGCUACACGAUGUGGAGAAACGGCAUUUUCUCCUCUCCCGGCAUGAAGAUCAUGGCAGAACUCGGUGGUACCUCAACUCUGAAGAACGAGUUCACCGCACAAGGAGCUCAAACGUUGAGCACCUUUCAGUCAGGCGGCAUCGGAUCGGCCUCAGGUACAUCAACAACCACGUUCACAGUCGAUCGUUAUCACCCGUUGGCAUCCGUGGCCACCAUGAUUGCGCCGAGUCCCGACUGGUUUGUGGGCGCGUACUCUGAGAACCUGUGCGACGGCAGUAGCUGGAAGCAGUCCCUCGUCGUACAGGCUUUCCCGUGGGAUGCUGGUACUGACAGCGGUUUAGACUGGAACUCUGCUAACCAAGCCACCAGCCCGGCACAGACCAUUGCUCGCAUCACUGAGACUAGCCCACGCACGUCAGUAUACCGUAAAACCACCGGGACUACUACAUCCAUGGGCAACAUCAGGUUUGACCUUGUCGGCACUAACACAGCAAGCAGCGGAACUGAUCCGCAAUGCUCAAUGUGUGCAACACCGACAACUGUGGCAGCCACAACCACUGCCGCGCCUGCCGCGACAACCACCCCCGCACCAGCGGUGACCACCACCCCAUUGCUCAUUGGUGGCUGUUCCGGAACCCAAUACGGAUGUUGUCCGGACGGGACGACGGCCGCUUCGGGACCAAACCAACUCGGCUGUCCUUCAGUGGCAACAGGCACAGCAGCACCAGCAAUGACUACCACCGGCUUACCGGCAAUGACCACCACUCAGAUGCUCAUUGGUGGCUGUGCCGGAACCCAGUACGGAUGUUGCCCGGACGGAACAACGGCUGCGUCGGGACCAAACCAACUCGGCUGUCCUUCAGCUCCGACAAGCUCUGCUCAAGGGUCUACCGAAGCGCAGUCAUGCGGCUGUACGGCGAACGGCACGGCUACGUACCGCAUGACGUUCACGGCCACUUGGACUGACCCGACACCUCCGUCUAACUUUCCCCACUGGUCUUCGCCAAUCGGAACCAGUCACAGUGCCUGCUACACAAUGUGGAAAGGCGGUAUUCUUUCCUCUUCCGGCAUGAGGAGCAUGGCUGAAGUCGGUACCACCGGAACUCUGAGGAACGAGUUCGCCGCGCAAGGUGCAAACACGCGGUCUACGUUUCAGGGUAACUUCCUGGGCUCGGCCUCGGGUACAUCGACAGCCUCAUUCACAGCCGAUCGUUACCGACCGUUGGUAUCCGUGGCCACCAUGAUUGCGCCAAGUCCCGACUGGUUUGUGGGCGCAUACUCUGAGAACCUGUGCGACGGCAGUAGCUGGAAGCAGUCCGUUACCGUGCAGGCAUAUCCCUGGGAUGCUGGUACCGACAGCGGUGAGUCGUGGAACUCAGGCAACCAGGUCACCAGCCCGGCACAGCCCAUAGCCCGCAUCACUGCCACCAGCUCACGCACAACCGUGUACCGCAAGACGUCCGGCAGCACCGCCUCAAUGGGUACGAUCACGUUUGACCUGGUCAGCACGUCUGCAACCGACGAUGCAGCCGAUCCCAGCUGCACAACAUGUGCAGCUACCGGAACAGUUGGUAAUCCCGACCCGAGUUCGGCUGGACUCAGUGCUGGAGUCUUGGUUGGCCUCGUCGCUGCAUGUGCUGCUGUCGCCAUGGCCACAGUAGCCUGAAGACCAUGUGCUAUAGAUAACGGUGCAACGAAAACUGGCCUAGGCGGUGGAUCUGCUCUCUGGAGCGCUCUGAAACUAAAUCAGAGUGAUGCGAGAGCUCUGCCAUUGUUUGGCCAGUGCAUCUGGCCAGUUCCUCUCACUACACAAUGCGGUACGGCAGUCACCGGGCAUGCAACACCGGAAUACACAGCACCACCGCCAGGCUACAGGCAAUGACUUUUGCCAAUCCUACAAUAAUAUUCAUAGAAAUCACUCGGAUGUAGAGCCAAGGAUUAUUCAGUUUAGUUUAGUGACUGGUGGUGUUAGUGGACAUUAUAGUGUAACUUGUAGUUCCUUGGUCCUUUUCACUUUUUAUAGAAAUCACCACCAAAAAAUUACACCCCCCCUCUGGGGAUGCUUUUUUGUUGUGUAUGCAGAUCUUUACAAUUAUAGAAUUUACUGAGAUAAACAAUUCUAGGGAUCAGUUGGGGAAGUGAAGUUCUCCCAAUACUUUCAAAAUAUAAACAAUUCUAAAAAUAAUUCUAAUAUAAUUCUAUACGGGUUCUCUUUUAGAGAACCCUUGAAUGGGUCCAGUUAUAUAGUUGGACCUAUUAUUGUUUUAGAGAACCCUUAUAGAAUUAUUGAAAGCUAGAUUUGCAAUCGCGCGAGUGUGUGUGUGUGUGUGUGUGUGUGUGUGUGUGUGUGUAUGUGUGCACGCAUGUUGGGUGUUUAUCAAACAUAUAAUUAUGUUUUAUGUUCUCGACUAGCUGCUACCAAGCGGAGAGGUCAUGUCUCACGCAAGCUGUUGCCAUAGUGUCCUUUUCCUGCUUUGGAUCAAUCCCCGCAUUGUUUCCAACAUUUACCUUUCUAUAUGCUAGCUUUUUCCAAUUUAUCCUCUCUCUCAAUCAAAUUUUCGUGGCAAUAGGAUGUCAAUGAUCUUCACCAUGACCUUA